AUGGACAACCACUCGGCAGCACUGUUAGUAUCAGCCAAGCGCAACAAACUUGCUGGCGCGACUCGAGCCCUCAGUUCGGGUUCGAACAUCCACUCUGGCGAUACGACCGAGACAGUCACCUACUACACCACCGGGCCAAACGCUGUCAAGAAGGGCCACAGGGUUCCUGUCCACCUUGACGACCAAGCCACUGCCAUCCACUGGGCUGCUUCCAAUGGGUACACGGAGAUGGCAUCUCUCCUUCUUAACCGAGAGGCCAACCUUAACCACAGUGUCAACGUCGACGCCUCUGAAUGGUCUAGCCGCCAGAGGAUACCGACUGGCCAAACCUUCAAAGACUGCAUCCCACUUGACUAUUACCCAACCAAUUUCACAAGCAGAGCUGUUGUGGAUAACGCAUUUUUGGGCUUGGAAUGUCUGGAAUCUCCGCAAGCCAUCAGCACCAAAUAUCGAUUCAUGAAAUUAGAGCAAGGCGUGAAUCCUUUAUACUUUGCUGUAGAGGGCGGCAAAAUCGAAAUCGCAGAGUCUCUCAUCAAGGCUGGGGCUGAUCUGACUACCCAUACUGGAACAGGACUCAACGCUCUGCAACCGGCAGUGAGCAUGGAGGGGAUUGAUCCGAAUAAGGAGAUGGCGCUACCAGUAGUCAAAUUGAUCAAGACUCUUGUAGAGCACGGAGCCGACAUCAACCGAUGGGACUUUCUUGGUAACACACCCCUCCUCACUCAUCUGCAAGACUUUAAGCCGAAUGAUUCCGUCAUCGCAGAAUUUAUACGACAAGGAGCCCAUGUGUACGAGGGCUUCUAA